CCGGCAAAAGGCUGCCCGUGUGCGACGCGGGACGGACCAAGCUGCGUUGCACACAUUAGUUAUAGCUGCAUCCCAUGGGCCCUGCCCCUUGGAGGGAGCCGGGGCCGACGCGCGGGGGAUAGGGGGGCAGCCCCUGGAUGGCUGAGGGGCACCCUGAUCCGCUCCCCCGCCUGCGCUGGGCCACACGUACAAGUCAAAUGGCGCGGCGGCAGCACGUAGCCGUGGCUGCGUGCCUCGCGGUGUUCCUGAGUGGGGCCUUUUACGUGGCCGGCGGCGGUGCCGCUGCAGCCGCGUGCGCCCGCCGCCUGCUGGGGCAGCCCGGCGCCGCGGGCGUGGAACGGACGCUCGCGGCGAAGGCGCCGGCAGACUCGGCCCCGCCGCGCAUCCCGCGGCGCGUCUUCCAGACGGCGCGGUCGGCGGCCGACGUCGACGCGGACCUCGAACGGACGCUCGCGGCGCAAGCGCCGCGCAUCCCGCGGCGCGUCUUCCAGACGGCGCGGUCGGCGGCCGACGUCGACGCGGACCUCGCUCGACGACUCGAAACGACCAGCCCCGGCUUCGAGCGCGUAUUUUUCGACGACGCCGCCGCGCGGGAAUACAUGGCGAGGGCCUACGCGGGGACGCGGAUCCUCGAGGCGUACGAGGCCGCGCCGCGCGUCGUGAUGCGCGCGGAUCUGUUCCGGCUGGCGGUCGUCGCGCGGGAGGGCGGCUUCUACUUCGACGUCGACGUGUACGCCAAGCGGUCACUGGAGCCGCUCGUCGCGCACGCGGCCGUGCUCCCCAUGGAAUGGUGGCUCUCCGACGACGCGUUUUUCGAAAGACACCGCAGGAACGUCCUGGACGCGCGGGAACACUGGCAAGUCGGCAACUACGCCUUCGGCGCGCGACCCGACCACCCGCUGCUGGUCGACGCGCUCGACGAGGCCGCGAACCGGACGCUGGCGGCGGCCGGCGCGCCCGGCGACGCCGACGUCCUUCGGACGACCGGACCGUACAUGCUCAGCGAAGUCUACCACGCCGGGCGGCGCGCGGGAAGGUACGCCGACGUCGUGCUGCUCCGAGGCGACGCGGAGCCGCGCAUGGGCCGUGCGACGCGGGGUGGCGCGGACUGGCACAAAUUUGGAAGCUUCGCCGAGCAUCUCCUCGCGCACACGUGGGUCACAGACGCGAGGAGUCGGCUCCAGUCCGACGAGACGUACGACGACGAGACGUACGACGACGAGGCCUCGGGCGGCCAGGGCUCGUACUCGUACGAGGCCUCGGGCGACCAGGGCUCGUACUCGUACGAGACAAGCUCCGCGGGCGACCAGGGCUCGUACUCGUACGAGACAAGCUCCGCGGGCGACCAGGGCUCGUACUCGUACGACGGCUACGUCAUGGACGACACGACGAUUAGAACGGCCGUAACUGCGUGGUUCCACGACGCAGCGGCCGCCGAGGCGACGUACGGCCACAUUUCUACGUGGGACACAUCAGGGGUGACGGACAUGUCAUGGUUGUUCUACGAAGCCUCGUCCUUUAACGAGGACAUUAGUGGGUGGGAUACUGCUGGCGUCACAAGGAUGGACUUCAUGUUCGACACCGCCUCGGCCUUUAACCGGGACAUCGGUGAUUGGGCGGUCCACAGCGUCACAACAAUGAACUCCAUGUUCACCAAGGCUUCGGGCUUCAACCAGGACAUCAGCGCGUGGGAAACCUCCAGCGUCAACACGUUUAUUAGGAUGUUCAGUAGCGCCUCGUCGUUUAACCAAGACAUUGGUGGUUGGGCGGUCCAAAGUGCCACAAGCAUAGUGGAUAUGUUCAACGGCGCCUCGGCCUUCGACCAGGACCUCGGCUGGUGCCUGGACGACCACGUGUGGCUGGUCAGAGCGUUCGACAACACCCAGUGCGCGUCGACGUCAUGCGGCGUCACGCAAGGCAACUGUCCGACGACCGUCCCGACGCCCGGGCCCAGCCCACAGCCGACGAACGUGCCUACCGGUAUGCCUACCGGUAUGCCGACCGCCCUUCCGUCGAUCGCGCCGACCGUCUCGCCUGCGCCGACGAGCCAUUUGUUUGAGGGCUCGCUCGUGGCGUACUAUCCGUUCGUCAACGGGACGACGCAAGACGCUCAUCACACCUGGCACGGCACGCCCGAGAGCAUGACCACGACCGAGGGCCGAGACGGUGGUACGGCAAUCGUGCUGGAGCACGGAGCGACCGUCACGCUUCCCUGGGAGGCAACGCAGGACAUGCUCGGCGACGCCGACCGGACUGUGUGUUUGUGGGCGCGUAUCGACGAGUGGAAAGGUGGGUGCUUGUUCUACUACGGCGGUGACAGUUCGCACGGGACCAGCAGCGGCGGCGACGGCGCAAGCUGCUGCACGUAUUGCUACGGUUGCGAAUUCGCCAACUGCAAUGGCGCCACGAUUUUGGAGGAGGUCGCAUCACAGGGGUGCUGCCCGGAGAAUUUCGUGCUGCGCUACUCCAUCCAAUCCUAUGGCGAGGACCGGUCCAAGUAUGACUGCGUCGCGUUCAUCGAGGAGGCGAACUGCGACGGCACCUGGGUGACCGAUUACUGCGCACGGGGGGGUGAGGACGACUACUACACCAACGACGGCGUGUACUACGGAGCAGCAGACGACUACCACACCAACGACGGCGUGUACUACGGAGCAGCAGACGACUACUACACCAACGACGGCGUGUACUACGGAGCAGCAGACGACUACCACACCAACGACGGCGUGUACUACGGAGCAGCAGACGACUACUACACCAACGACGGCGUGUACUACGGAGCAGCAGACGACUACUACACCAACGACGGCGAGGACGCCACCGGGGCCGCGAUGUCCUACUCUUACUCCUACUCGUACGGCGGUUCGUCGGCGUCGAGGCGGCGACGCCGCCUCGCCGGAUCCUACUCGUACUCGUACUCAGCCGAAACUGCGACGGGCGCGGACCAGCAGCCAUAUUACUAUGGAGCAGCAGACGACUACUACACCAACGACGGCGUGUACUACGGAGCAGCGGACGACUACUACACCAACGACGGCGUGUACUACGGAACAGCAGACGACUACUACACCAACGACGGCGUGUACUACGGAGCAGCAGACGACUACUACACCAACGACGGCGUGUACUACGGAACAGCAGACGACUACUACACCACGGUAGAGUAUGCGGAGCAGACAUUUGGCCUCUGCGCCGGAACCGUUGAGGGCCAGCUCGAGAUCGUGGGCGGGAGUCGAACCGUUGACCUGGGCCGCACAAUCGACUGGCGAGAAUUCCAUCACUUCUGUCUCACGUAUGACGGGCCCAGCCGAGGCGGGAACUCGAACCUUACUUUCUACUUCGACGGCGACAAGCAGUGGACCGAGAAUGUGCUCCUCGACACUGCGCCGGAAGGGACGGCCAUGCGCCUCGGCACCGACGCCACGUACGAUCGCCCGCUGACCGGCGCCCUCGACGAGGCCUACAUCUACGCGAGUGCGCUGGACGCGUCGGCCGUCGCCGUGCUCUACGGCAGCGUGAGCGCGGCGCCGACGGUCACGCCCGUGCCGACGAGCCAUUUGUUUGAGGGCUCGCUGUUGGCGUACUAUCCGUUCGUCGACGGGACGACGCAAGACGCUCAUCACACCUGGAACGGCUACCCCGAGAGCAUGACCACGACCGAGGGCCGGGACGGUGGUACGGCGAUCGUGUUGGACGCCGAUCACGGGGACUCCGUUUGGCUUCCCUGGGAGGUGGUGCAAGACCUCGACGGCGACGCCGAUCGAACCGUCUGUCUCUGGGCGCGCAUUGACGAGUGGAACGGCGGCUACCUGUUCCACUACGGCGGCUCCUCCGACCCAGGGUCGUACGCGCCGACGUUGCAAGAGACCUACGAGCCGACGGUCGAGGAGACCGCGGCGCCGAGCUACCUCACGCGGGUCCCCACGACUGCGCCGCCGAGCUACGUACCGUCGAGCGCCCCGACACCUCGGCCGACAGUGCCAAGGCCGACGUACCAUCCUACCCUCGGCUCCAGCCCUGCGGGCGAUGCGACGCGGCGGCGGCGACGGCUCACGCACGACGAACAGACCGAACUCUAUGCGUCCUUUGGCCUGCGCGUCGGCACCGCGGAAGGCGAUCUGGUGAUCAUCGCCGACGACACGCGAGCGUCAGUGAGCCUCGGCCGCACAAUCGACUGGCGAGUAUUUCAUCACUUCUGUCUCACGUACGACGGCCCGAGCCGCGGCGGCGAGUCGACGCUGGCCUUCUACUUCGACGGCGACCAACAGUUGCAGGAGACUCUAAGCCUCAACACCAAGACCAACGAUGGUACCGGGAUGUCUCUCGGAAUGAGCCAGAUGUACAGUGAUUCCCUGAGCGCGGCGCUGGACGAGGUCUAUGUCUACGCGAGCGCCCUGGACGCGUCGGACAUUGAGGUGCUCUACGGCAGCGUGAGCGCGGCGCCGACGGUCACGCCGGUGCCGACGAGCCAUUUGUUCGAGGGCACGCUCGUGGCGUACUAUCCGUUCGUCAACGGGACGACGCAAGACGCUCAUCACACCUGGGACGGCACGCCCGAGACCAUGGCCACGAUCGAGGGCCGAGACGGUGGUACGGCGAUCGCCCUGGACCACGGAGCUGCCGUCACGCUGCCCCCAGAGGCGACGCAGGAUGUGCUCGGCGACGCUGACCGGACUGUGUGUAUGUGGGCGCGAAUCGACGAGUGGAACGGUGGGUGCUUGUUCUACUACGGCGGUGACAGUUCGCACGGGACCAGCAGCGGCGGCGACGGCGCAAGCUGCUGCACGUAUUGCUACGGUUGCGAAUUCGCCAACUGCAAUGGCGCCACGACGUUGGAGGAGGUCGCAUCACAGGGGUGCUGCCCGGAGAAUUUCGUGCUGCGCUACUCCAUCCAAUCCUAUGGCGAGGACCAGUCCAAGUAUGACUGCGUCGCGUUCAUCGAGGAGGCGAACUGCGACGGCACCUGGGCGACGGAUUACUGCGCCCGCGGGGAUGAGGACACCACCGGGGCCGCGCUGUCCUACUCUUACUCCUACUCGUACGGCGGCUCGACGGCGUCGAGGAUGUCCCAGUCGUACUCCUACUCUUACUCCUACUCGUACGGCGGUUCGUCGGCGUCGAGGCGGCGACGCCGCCUCGCCGGAUCCUACUCGUACUCGUACUCAGCCGAAACUGCGACGGGCGCGGACCACACGGUAGAGUAUGCGGAGGAGACAUUUGGCCUCUGCGCCGGAACCGUUGAGGGCCAGCUCGAGAUCGUGGGCGGGAGUCGAACCGUUGACCUGGGCCGCACAAUCGACUGGCGAGAAUUCCAUCACUUCUGUCUCACGUAUGACGGGCCCAGCCGAGGCGGGAACUCGGACCUUACUUUCUACUUCGACGGCGACAAGCAGUGGACCGAGAAUGUGCUCCUCGACACGGCGCCGGAAGGGACGGCCAUGCGCCUCGGCACCGACGCCACGUACGAUCGCCCGCUGACCGGCGCCCUCGACGAGGCCUACAUCUACGCGAGCGCCUUGGACGCGUCGGCCGUCGCCGUGCUCUACGGCAGCGUGAGCGCGGCGCCGACGGUCACGCCCGUGCCGACGAGCCAUUUGUUUGAGGGCUCGCUGGUGGCGUACUAUCCGUUCGUCGACGGGACGACGCAAGACGCUCAUCACACCUGGCACGGCUACCCCGAGAGCAUGACCACGACCGAGGGCCGAGACGGUGGUACGGCGAUCGUGUUGGACGCCGAUCACGGGGACUCCGUCUGGCUUCCCUGGGAGGUGGUGCAAGACCUCGACGGUGACGCCGAUCGAACCGUCUGUCUCUGGGCGCGCAUUGACGAGUGGAACGGCGGCUACCUGUUCCACUACGGCGGCUCCUCCGACCCAGGAUCGUACGCGCCGACGUUGCAAGAGACCUACGAGCCGACGUUGCAAGAGACCUACGAGCCGACGGUCGAGGAGACCGCGGCGCCGAGCUACCUCACGCGGGUCCCCACGACUGCACCGCCGAGCUACGUACCGUCGAGCGCUCCUACAGCUCGGCCGACAGUGCCAAGGCCGACGUACCAUCCUACCCUCGGCUCCAGCCCUGCGGGCGAUGCGACGCGGCGGCGGCGACGGCUCACGCACGACGAACAGACCGAACUCUAUGCGUCCUUUGGCCUGCGCGUCGGCACCGCGGAAGGCGAUCUGGUGAUCAUCGCCGACGACACGCGAGCGUCAGUCAGCCUCGGCCGCACAAUCGACUGGCGAGUAUUUCAUCACUUCUGUCUCACGUACGACGGCCCGAGCCGCGGCGGCGAGUCGACGCUGGCCUUCUACUUCGACGGCGACCAGCAAUUGCAGGAGACUCUAAGCCUCAACACCAAGAUAGAAGAGGGGCGCUGGAUGUCUCUCGGAAUGAGCCAGAUGUACAGUGAUUCCCUGAGCGCGGCGCUGGACGAGGCCUACAUCUACGCGAGCGCCUUGGACGCGUCGGACAUUGAGGUGCUCUACGGCAGCGUGAGCGCGGCGCCGACGGUCACGCCCGUGCCGACGAGCCAUUUGUUUGAGGGCUCGCUCGUGGCGUACUAUCCGUUCGUCAACGGGACGACGCAAGACGCUCAUCACACCUGGCACGGCACGCCCGAGAGCAUGACCACGACCGAGGGCCGAGACGGUGGUACGGCGAUCGUGUUGGAGCACGGAGCAGCCGUCACGCUUCCCUGGGAGGUGGUGCGAGACCUCGACGGCGACGCCGAUCGAACCGUCUGUCUCUGGGCGCGCAUUGACGAGUGGAAAGGCGGCUACCUGUUCCAUUACGGAGGCAGUGGCGAGGGCUGCACGCCGGGGUAUCAUGUUAUGGAGUGCCGAGAGGAUGGAACGGUGAUGCAGGGCUUUGGAUGCCAAUCAUGCGACGACUGCGCGGCGACACACGACUUUACGGCCGAAAUGGGCGGCCGAUUCACCUGCGAGCCGGGUACGAAUACCUAUUAUUACGACGAAGACCUCGACGGCACGGUCGACGAGGUGGGACAGUUGCCAGGGUGCUCAUACGAGGACUGCGUGUCAUGUAACAUCGAGACGUCCGGCGACCUCACCUCCUCUCCAAGCGGCACGACGAACCACGGCGCCGGGAACGGGUGGUGCAACAGCGAUCUGGAUGAGCACAUUGGCUGCACGGCGUCGCCGGGCGACUGUUCGGAGAUGUGUGUGGAGGCGUACGGAGAUAAUUUGGUGGCCAUCGACUGGGUGGACGGCGGCGACUGCUACUGCCAGAACGACUGUCAGUGCAUGCAAGAUGUCGGAGAUGAGGAAGUCUACCUCAUCACUCGCGACUCGGCGGUCGCAUCGCUGCCGCACGAGUGUGGCCCCGACGAGGGCGACGAAGGCGAGAACGCAAUCUCCUACUCGUACUCCUACUCGUAUAGUUACGCGCCAGCGUCGCGGCGGCGACGGCUCACGACCGAGCUCUCGGCGUCCUUUGGCCUGCGCGUCGGCACCGCGGAAGGCGAUCUGGUGAUCAUCGCCGACGACACUCGAGCGUCAGUCAGCCUCGGCCGCACAAUCGACUGGCGAGUAUUUCAUCACUUCUGUCUCACGUACGACGGCCCGAGCCGCGGCGGCGAGUCGACGCUGGCCUUCUACUUCGACGGCGACCAGCAGUUGCAGGAGACUCUAAGCCUCGACACGAAGAUAGAGGAGGGGCGCUGGAUGUCUCUCGGAAUGAGCCAGAUGUACAGUGAUUCCCUGAGCGCGGCGCUGGACGAGGUCUACAUCUACGCGAGCGCCUUGGACGCGUCGGCCGUCGCCGUGCUCUACGGCAGCGUGAGCGCGGCGCCGACGGUCACGCCCGUGCCGACGAGCCAUUUGUUUGAGGGCUCGCUGGUGGCGUACUAUCCGUUCGUCAACGGGACGAUUCAAGACGCUCAUCACACCUGGAACGGCUACCCCGAGAGCAUGACCACGACCGAGGGCCGGGACGGUUCGACGGCGAUCGUGUUGGACGCCGAUCACGGGGACUCCGUCUGGCUUCCCUGGGAGGUGGUGCGAGACCUCGACGGUGACGCGGACCGGACUGUGUGUCUCUGGGCGCGCAUUGACGAGUGGAACGGCGGCUACAUGUUCCACUACGGCGGCUCCUCCGACCCAGGAUCGUACGCGCCGACGUUGCAAGAGACCUACGAGCCGACGUUGCAAGAGACCUACGAGCCGACGGUCGAGGAGACCGCGGCGCCGAGCUACCUCACGCGGGUCCCCACGACUGCACCGCCGAGCUACGUACCGUCGAGCGCCCCGACACCUCGGCCGACAGUGCCAAGGCCGACGUACCAUCCUACCCUCGGCUCCAGCCCUGCGGGCGAUGCGACGCGGCGGCGGCGACGGCUCACGCACGACGAACAGACCGAACUCUAUGCGUCCUUUGGCCUGCGCGUCGGCACCGCGGAAGGCGAUCUGGUGAUCAUCGCCGACGACACUCGAGCGUCAGUCAGCCUCGGCCGCACAAUCGACUGGCGAGUAUUUCAUCACUUCUGUCUCACGUACGACGGCCCGAGCCGCGGCGGCGAGUCGACGCUGGCCUUCUACUUCGACGGCGACCAGCAGUUGCAGGAGACUCUAAGCCUCGACACGAAGAUAGAGGAGGGGCGCUGGAUGUCUCUCGGAAUGAGCCAGAUGUACAGUGAUUCCCUGAGCGCGGCGCUGGACGAGGUCUAUGUCUACGCGAGCGCCCUGGACGCGUCGGCCAUUGAGGUGCUCUACGGCAGCGUGAGCGCGGCGCCGACGGUCACGCCCGUGCCGACGAGCCAUUUGUUUGAGGGCUCGCUGGUGGCGUACUAUCCGUUCGUCGACGGGACGACGCAAGACGCUCAUCACACCUGGAACGGCUACCCCGAGAGCAUGACCACGACCGAGGGCCGAGACGGUGGUACGGCGAUCGUGUUGGACGCCGAUCACGGGGACUCCGUUUGGCUUCCCUGGGAGGUGGUGCGAGACCUCGACGGUGGCGCCGAUCGAACCGUCUGUCUCUGGGCGCGCAUUGACGAGUGGAACGGCGGCUACCUGUUCCACUACGGCGGCUCCUCCGACCCAGGAUCGUACGCGCCGACGUUGCAAGAGACCUACGCGCCGACGUUGCAAGAGACCUACGAGCCGACGGUCGAGGAGACCGCGGCGCCGAGCUACCUCACGCGGGUCCCCACGACUGCGCCGCCGAGCUACGUACCGUCGAGCGCCCCGACACCUCGGCCGACAGUGCCAAGGCCGACGUACCAUCCUACCCUCGGCUCCAGCCCUGCGGGCGAUGCGACGCGGCGGCGGCGACGGCUCACGCACGACGAACAGACCGAACUCUAUGCGUCCUUUGGCCUGCGCGUCGGCACCGCGGAAGGCGAUCUGGUGAUCAUCGCCGACGACACUCGAGCGUCAGUCAGCCUCGGCCGCACAAUCGACUGGCGAGUAUUUCAUCACUUCUGUCUCACGUACGACGGCCCGAGCCGCGGCGGCGAGUCGACGCUGGCCUUCUACUUCGACGGCGACCAGCAGUUGCAGGAGACUCUAAGCCUCGACACGAAGAUAGAGGAGGGGCGCUGGAUGUCUCUCGGAAUGAGCCAGAUGUACAGUGAUUCCCUGAGCGCGGCACUGGACGAGGUCUAUGUCUACGCGAGCGCGCUGGACGCGUCGGACAUUGAGGUGCUCUACGGCAGCGUGAGCGCGGCGCCGACGGUCACGCCCGUGCCGACGAGCCAUUUGUUCGAGGGUUCGCUGGUGGCGUACUAUCCGUUCGUCGACGGGACGACGCAAGACGCUCAUCACAGCUGGCACGGCACGCCCGAGAGCAUGACUACGACCGAGGGCCGAGACGGUGGUACGGCGAUCGUGUUGGAGCACGGAGCAGCCGUCACGCUCCCCUGGGAGGCAACGCAGGACAUGCUCGGCGACGCGGACCGGACUGUGUGUUUGUGGGCGCGCAUUGACGAGUGGAAAGGUGGGUGCUUGUUCUAUUACGGAGGCAGUGUCGAGAUGGACAGCUGUCUCGCGUGCGUGAACUCCCAGUGCGAGGGCAACGAGCCGCACUCGGAGAUCUGCAGUGACUGUUUGGGAGAAGACUGCGACAUUUGCCGCGACGCCAUCGGGGAGAGCGAGCUCGCAGCGUUCGUGAGCGGCGGCUGCGACUUCGACGACGGCUCGGACAUCGGUCGCUGGUUCCGGGACGAGGGCUGUGGGUCCUUGCGGGGCUGCAGCGGGCAAGACAGCUCACACGGGACCAGCAGCGGCGGCGACGGGGGCGCGAUAUCCUACUCUUACUCCUACUCGUACGGCGGUUCGUCGGCGUCGAGGCGGCGACGCCGCCUCGCCGGAUCCUACUCGUACUCGUACUCAGCCGAAACUGCGACGGGCGCGGACCACACGGUAGAGUAUGCGGAGGAGACAUUUGGCCUCUGCGCCGGAACCGUUGAGGGCCAGCUCGAGAUCGUAGGCGGGAGGCAAAUCGUGGACUUGGGCCGCCGCAUCGACUGGCGAGAGUUCCAUCACUUCUGUCUCACGUAUGACGGGCCCAGUCGAGGCGGGAACUCGGAUCUUACUUUCUACUUCGACGGCGACAAGCAGUGGACCGAGAACGUGCUCCUCGACACGGCGCCGGAAGGGACGGCCAUGCGCCUCGGCACCGACGCCACGUACGAUCGCCCGCUGACCGGCGCCCUCGACGAGGCCUACAUCUACGCGAGCGCCUUGGACGCGUCGGCCGUCGCCGUGCUCUACGGCAGCGUGAGCGCGGCGCCGACGGUCACGCCCGUGCCGACGAGCCAUUUGUUUGAGGGCUCGCUGGUGGCGUACUAUCCGUUCGUCGACGGGACGACGCAAGACGCUCAUCACACCUGGAACGGCUACCCCGAGAGCAUGACCACGACCGAGGGCCGAGACGGUGGUACGGCGAUCGUGUUGGACGCCGAUCACGGGGACUCCGUUUGGCUUCCCUGGGAGGUGGUGCGAGACCUCGACGGUGGCGCCGAUCGAACCGUCUGUCUCUGGGCGCGCAUUGACGAGUGGAACGGCGGCUACAUGUUCCACUACGGCGCCCUCACCCAGGAUCGUGCGCGCCGACGCGUUGCAAGACCUACGAGCCGACGUUGCAAGAGACCUACGAGCCGACGGUCGAGGAGACCGCGGCGCCGAGCUACCUCACGCGGGUCCCCACGACUGCACCGCCGAGCUACGUACCGUCGAGCGCCCCGACACCUCGGCCGACAGUGCCAAGGCCGACGUACCAUCCUACCCUCGGCUCCAGCCCUGCGGGCGAUGCGACGCGGCGGCGGCGACGGCUCACGCACGACGAACAGACCGAACUCUAUGCGUCCUUUGGCCUGCGCGUCGGCACCGCGGAAGGCGAUCUGGUGAUCAUCGCCGACGACACUCGAGCGUCAGUCAGCCUCGGCCGCACAAUCGACUGGCGAGUAUUUCAUCACUUCUGUCUCACGUACGACGGCCCGAGCCGCGGCGGCGAGUCGACGCUGGCCUUCUACUUCGACGGCGACCAGCAAUUGCAGGAGACUCUAAGCCUCAACACCAAGAUAGAAGAGGGGCGCUGGAUGUCUCUCGGAAUGAGCCAGAUGUCCAGUGAUUCCCUGAGCGCGGCGCUGGACGAGGUCUAUGUCUACGCGAGCGCCCUGGACGCGUCGGACAUUGAGGUGCUCUACGGCAGCGUGAGCGCGGCGCCGACGGUCACGCCCGUGCCGACGAGCCAUUUGUUUGAGGGCUCGCUGGUGGCGUACUAUCCGUUCGUCGGCGGGACGACGCAAGACGCUCAUCACAGCUGGCACGGCACGCCCGAGAGCAUGACCACGACCGAGGGCCGAGACGGUGGUACGGCGAUCGUGUUGGAGCACGGAGCAGCCGUCACGCUCCCCUGGGAGGCAACGCAGGACAUGCUCGGCGACGCAGACCGGACUGUGUGUUUGUGGGCCCGAAUCGACGAGUGGAAAGGUGGGUGCUUGUUCUAUUACGGAGGCAGUGUCGAGAUGGACAGCUGUCUCGCGUGCGUGAACUCCCAGUGCGAGGGCAACGAGCCGCACUCGGAGAUCUGCAGUGACUGUUUGGGAGAAGACUGCGACAUUUGCCGCGACGCCAUCGGGGAGAGCGAGCUCGCAGCGUUCGUGAGCGGCGGCUGCGACUUCGACGACGGCUCGGACAUCGGUCGCUGGUUCCGGGACGAGGGCUGUGGGUCCUUGCGGGGCUGCAGCGGGCAAGACAGCUCACACGGGACCAGCAGCGGCGGCGACGGGGGCGCGAUAUCCUACUCUUACUCCUACUCGUACGGCGGUUCGUCGGCGUCGAGGCGGCGACGCCGCCUCGCCGGAUCCUACUCGUACUCGUACUCAGCCGAAACUGCGACGGGCGCGGACCACACGGUAGAGUAUGCGGAGGAGACAUUUGGCCUCUGCGCCGGAACCGUUGAGGGCCAGCUCGAGAUCGUGGGCGGGAGUCGAACCGUUGACCUGGGCCGCACAAUCGACUGGCGAGAAUUCCAUCACUUCUGUCUCACGUAUGACGGGCCCAGCCGAGGCGGGAACUCGGACCUUACUUUCUACUUCGACGGCGACAAGCAGUGGACCGAGAAUGUGCUCCUCGACACGGCGCCGGAAGGGACGGCCAUGCGCCUAGGCACCGACGCCACGUACGAUCGCCCGCUGACCGGCGCCCUCGACGAGGCCUACAUCUACGCGAAUGCGCUGGACGCGUCGGCCAUUGAGGUGCUCUACGGCAGCGUGAGCGCGGCGCCGACGGUCACGCCCGUGCCGACGAGCCAUUUGUUUGAGGGCUCGCUGGUGGCGUACUAUCCGUUCGUCAACGGGACGACGCAAGACGCUCAUCACACCUGGAACGGCUACCCCGAGACCUUGGCCACGACCGAGGGCCGGGACGGUGGUACGGCGAUCGUGUUGGACGCCGAUCACGGGGACUCCGUCUGGCUUCCCUGGGAGGUGGUGCGAGACCUCGACGGUGGCGCCGAUCGAACCGUCUGUCUCUGGGCGCGCAUUGACGAGUGGAACGGCGGCUACCUGUUCCACUACGGCGGCUCCUCCGACCCAGGAUCGUACGCGCCGACGUUGCAAGAGACCUACGAGCCGACGGUCGAGAAGACCGCGGCGCCAAGCUACCUCACGCGGGUCCCCACGACUGCGCCGCCGAGCUACGUACCGUCGAGCGCCCCGACACCUCGGCCGACAGUGCCAAGGCCGACGUACCAUCCUACCCUCGGCUCCAGCCCUGCGGGCGAUGCGACGCGGCGGCGGCGACGGCUCACGCACGACGAACAGACCGAACUCUAUGCGUCCUUUGGCCUGCGCGUCGGCACCGCGGAAGGCGAUCUGGUGAUCAUCGCCGACGACACUCGAGCGUCAGUCAGCCUCGGCCGCACAAUCGACUGGCGAGUAUUUCAUCACUUCUGUCUCACGUACGACGGCCCGAGCCGCGGCGGCGAGUCGACGCUGGCCUUCUACUUCGACGGCGACCAGCAAUUGCAGGAGACUCUAAGCCUCAACACCAAGAUAGAAGAGGGGCGCUGGAUGUCUCUCGGAAUGAGCCAGAUGUACAGUGAUUCCCUGAGCGCGGCGCUGGACGAGGUCUACAUCUACGCGAGCGCCCUGGACGCGUCGGACAUUGAGGUGCUCUACGGCAGCGUGAGCGCGGCGCCGACGGUCACGCCCGUGCCGACGAGCCAUUUGUUUGAGGGCUCGCUGGUGGCGUACUAUCCGUUCGUCGACGGGACGACGCAAGACGCUCAUCACACCUGGCACGGCUACCCCGAGAGCAUGACCACGACCGAGGGCCGGGACGGUUCGACGGCGAUCGUGUUGGAGCACGGAGCAGCCGUCACGCUUCCCUGGGAGGCGACGCAGGACAUGCUCGGCGACGCCGACCGGACUGUGUGUUUGUGGGCGCGUAUCGACGAGUGGAAAGGUGGGUGCUUGUUCUACUACGGCGGCGACGGUUCGCAGGUUACCAGCAGCGGCGGCGACGGCGCAAGCUGCUGCACGUAUUGCUACGGUUGCGAAUUCGCCAACUGCAAUGGCGCCACGACUUUGGAGGAGGUCGCAUCACAGGGGUGCUGCCCGGAGAAUUUCGUGCUGCGCUACUCCAUCCAAUCCUAUGGCGAGGACCGGUCCAAGUAUGACUGCGUCGCGUUCAUCGAGGAGGCGAACUGCGACGGCACCUGGGUGACCGAUUCCUGCGCGCGGGGGGGUGAGGAUGCCACCGGGGCCGCGAUAUCCUACUCUUACUCCUACUCGUACGGCGGUUCGUCGGCGUCGAGGCGGCGACGCCGCCUCGCCGGAUCCUACUCGUACUCGUACUCAGCCGAAACUGCGACGGGCGCGGACCACACGGUAGAGUAUGCGGAGGAGACAUUUGGCCUCUGCGCCGGAACCGUUGAGGGCCAGCUCGAGAUCGUGGGCGGGAGUCGAACCGUUGACCUGGGCCGCACAAUCGACUGGCGAGAAUUCCAUCACUUCUGUCUCACGUAUGACGGGCCCAGCCGAGGCGGGAACUCGGACCUUACUUUCUACUUCGACGGCGACAAGCAGUGGACCGAGAAUGUGCUCCUCGACACGGCGCCGGAAGGGACGGCCAUGCGCCUCGGCACCGACGCCACGUACGAUCGCCCGCUGACCGGCGCCCUCGACGAGGCCUACAUCUACGCGAGCGCCUUGGACGCGUCGGCCGUCGCCGUGCUCUACGGCAGCGUGAGCGCGGCGCCGACGGUCACGCCCGUGCCGACGAGCCAUUUGUUUGAGGGCUCGCUGGUGGCGUACUAUCCGUUCGUCGACGGGACGACGCAAGACGCUCAUCACACCUGGCACGGCUACCCCGAGAGCAUGACCACGACCGAGGGCCGAGACGGUGGUACGGCGAUCGUGUUGGACGCCGAUCACGGGGACUCCGUCUGGCUUCCCUGGGAGGUGGUGCAAGACCUCGACGGUGACGCCGAUCGAACCGUCUGUCUCUGGGCGCGCAUUGACGAGUGGAACGGCGGCUACCUGUUCCACUACGGCGGCUCCUCCCACCCAGGGUCGUACGCGCCGACGUUGCAAGAGACCUACGAGCCGACGGUCGAGGAGACCGCGGCGCCAAGCUACCUCACGCGGGUCCCCACGACUGCGCCGCCGAGCUACGUACCGUCGAGCGCCCCGACACCUCGGCCGACAGUGCCAAGGCCGACGUACCAUCCUACCCUCGGCUCCAGCCCUGCGGGCGAUGCGACGCGGCGGCGGCGACGGCUCACGCACGACGAACAGACCGAACUCUAUGCGUCCUUUGGCCUGCGCGUCGGCACCGCGGAAGGCGAUCUGGUGAUCAUCGCCGACGACACUCGAGCGUCAGUCAGCCUCGGCCGCACAAUCGACUGGCGAGUAUUUCAUCACUUCUGUCUCACGUACGACGGCCCGAGCCGCGGCGGCGAGUCGACGCUGGCCUUCUACUUCGACGGCGACCAGCAAUUGCAGGAGACUCUAAGCCUCGACACCAAGAUAGAAGAGGGGCGCUGGAUGUCUCUCGGAAUGAGCCAGAUGUACAGUGAUUCCCUGAGCGCGGCGCUGGACGAGGUCUAUGUCUACGCGAGCGCCCUGGACGCGUCGGACAUUGAGGUGCUCUACGGCAGCGUGAGCGCGGCGCCGACGGUCACGCCCGUGCCGACGAGCCAUUUGUUUGAGGGCUCGCUGGUGGCGUACUAUCCGUUCGUCGACGGGACGACGCAAGACGCUCAUCACACCUGGCACGGCACGCCCGAGACCUUGGCCACGACCGAGGGCCGAGACGGUGGUACGGCGAUCGCCCUGGACCACGGAGCUGCCGUCACGCUGCCCUCAGAGGCGACGCAGGACGUGCUCGGCGACGCCGACCGGACUGUGUGUUUGUGGGCGCGCAUCGACGAGUGGAAAGGUGGGUGCUUGUUCCACUACGGCGGCGACGGUUCGCAGGUGACCAGCAGCGGCGGCGACGGGGCAGGAUCAGAUGUGGCCACCGGGGCCGCGAUGUCCUACUCUUACUCCUACUCGUACGGCGGUUCGUCGGCUUCGAGGCGGCGACGCCUCCUCGCCGGAUCCUACUCGUACUCGUACUCGGCCGAAACUGCGACGGGCGCGGACCAAACGGUAGAGUUUGCGGAGCAGACAUUUGGCCUCUGCGCCGGAAACGUCGAGGGCCAGCUCGAGAUCGUAGGCGGGAGGCAAAUCGUGGACUUGGGCCGCCGCAUCGACUGGCGAGAGUUCCAUCACUUCUGUCUCACGUAUGACGGGCCCAGUCGAGGCGGGAACUCGGAUCUUACUUUCUACUUCGACGGCGACAAGCAGUGGGCCGCCGAGAACGUGCUCCUGGACACUGCGCCGGAAGGGACGGCCAUGCGCCUCGGCACCGACGCCACGUACGAACGCCCGCUCAGCGGCGCCCUCGACGAAGCCUACAUCUACGCGAGCGCCCUGGACGCGUCGGCCAUUGCGGUGCUCUACGGCAGCGUGAGCGCGGCGCCGACGGUCACGCCCGUGCCGACGAGCCAUUUGUUUGAGGGCUCGCUGGUGGCGUACUAUCCGUUCGUCGACGGGACGACGCAAGACGCUCAUCACACCUGGCACGGCACGCCCGAGACCUUGGCCACGACCGAGGGCCGGGACGGUGGUACGGCGAUCGUGUUGGACGCGGAGCGCUGGGAGUCCGUCUGGCUUCCCUGGGAGGUGGUGCGAGACCUCGACGGUGACGCCGAUCGAACCCUGUGUCUCUGGGCGCGCAUUGACGAGUGGAACGGCGGCUACCUGUUCCACUACGGCGGUUCGUACGACGGAGGCGACGAGUGCGGCCCGAUGCCCAAUGGAAUCUGCCAGGUGGGCGAGAUGCUCGACGGCAACGCAUGCGGGAGCUGGCAGAGCGGUAACGGUGUGGAACCCAGCACUAAUGGAAUGUCCGACGACGAUAUGCGAGCCGCAGGGCACUCGUGCACGCAAACUUGCGAGGAGAUCGACACCCGACAUCGGGAGAGCGGGGACGCAACCGGAGGUUCGGGCUGCUCAGAAAUCUACAAUUGGUACGGUGGGCUGAAGAACACGAAUUGCUGCCCCCCUGCGUCGCACUCCUACUCGUAUAGUUACGCGCCAGCGUCGCGGCGGCGACGGCUCACGACCGAACUCUAUGCGUCCUUUGGCCUGCGCGUCGGCACCGCGGAAGGCGAUCUGGUGAUCAUCGCCGACGACACGCGAGCGUCAGUGAGCCUCGGCCGAACAAUCGACUGGCGAGAAUUUCAUCACUUCUGUCUCACGUACGACGGCCCGAGCCGCGGCGGCGAGUCGACGCUGGCCUUCUACUUCGACGGCGACCAACAGUUGCAGGAGACUCUAAGCCUCGACACGAAGAUAGAAGAGGGGCGCUGGAUGUCUCUCGGAAUGAGCCAGAUGUACAGUGAUUCCCUGAGCGCGGCGCUGGACGAGGUCUAUGUCUACGCGAGCGCCCUGGACGCGUCGGACAUUGAGGUGCUCUACGGCAGCGUGAGCGCGGCGCCGACGGUCACGCCCGUGCCGACGAGCCAUUUGUUUGAGGGCUCGCUGGUGGCGUACUAUCCGUUCGUCGACGGGACGACGCAAGACGCUCAUCACACCUGGCACGGCACGCCCGAGACCUUGGCCACGACCGAGGGCCGGGACGGUGGUACGGCGAUCGUGUUGGACGCCGAUCACGGGGACUCCGUCUGGCUUCCCUGGGAGGUGGUGCAAGACCUCGACGGCGACGCCGAUCGAACCGUCUGUCUCUGGGCGCGCAUUGACGAGUGGAACGGCGGCUACCUGUUCCAUUACGGAGGCAGUGGCGAGGGCUGCACGCCGGGGUAUGAUGUUAAGGAGUGCCGAGAGGAUGGAACGGUGAUGCAGGGCUUUGGAUGCCAAUCAUGCGACGACUGCGCGACGACACACGACUUGACGGCCGAAAUGGGCGGCCGAGUCACCUGCGAGCCGGGUACGAAUACCUAUUAUUACGACGAAGACCUCGACGGCAACGUCGACGAGGUGGGACAGUUCCCAGGGUGCUCGUAUGAGGACUGCGUGUCAUGUAACAUCGAGACGUCCGGCGACCUCACCUCCUCUCCAAGCGGCACGACGAACCACGGCGCCGGGAACGGGUGGUGCCGCAGCGGCCUGGACGACCUCGUGGGCUGCGCGGCGUCGCCGAGCGACUGUUCGGAGAUGUGUGUGGAGGCGUACGGAGAUAAUUUGGUGGCCAUCGACUGGGUGGACGACGGCGACUGCUACUGCCAGAACGACUGUCAGUGCAUGCAAGAUGUCGGAGAUGACGAAGUCUACCUCAUCACUCGCGACUCGGCGGUCGCAUCGCUGCCGCAGGAGUGCGGCCCCGGCGAGGGCGACGAAGGCGAGAGCACUAUCUCCCACUCGCACUCCUACUCGUAUAGUUACGCGCCAGCGUCGCGGCGGCGGCGGCUCACGACCGAGCUCUCGGCGUCCUUUGGCCUGCGCGUCGGCACCGUGGAAGGCGAUCUGGUGAUCAUCGCCGACGACACGCGAGCGUCAGUGAGCCUCGGCCGCACAAUCGACUGGCGAGAAUUUCAUCACUUCUGUCUCACGUACGACGGUCCGAGCCGUGGCGGCGAGUCGACGCUGGCCUUCUACUUCGACGGCGACCAGCAAUUGCAGGAGACUCUAAGCCUCGACACGAAGAUAGAAGAGGGGCGCUGGAUGUCUCUCGGAAUGAGCCAGAUGUACAGUGAUUCCCUGAGCGCGGCGCUGGACGAGGUCUAUGUCUACGCGAGCGCCCUGGACGCGUCGGACAUUGAGGUGCUCUACGGCAGCGUGAGCGCGGCGCCGACGGUCACGCCCGUGCCGACGAGCCAUUUGUUUGAGGGCUCGCUGGUGGCGUACUAUCCGUUCGUCGACGGGACGACGCAAGACGCUCAUCACGGCUGGCACGGCACGCCCGAGAGCAUGACCACGACCGAGGGCCGAGACGGUUCGACGGCGAUCGUGUUGGACGCGGAACGCCGGGACUCUGUCACGCUGCCCCCAGAGGCGACGCAGGACGUGCUCGGCGACGCCGACCGGACUGUGUGUUUGUGGGCGCGCAUCGACGAGUGGAAAGGUGGGUGCUUGUUCCACUACGGCGGCGACGGUUCGCAGGUGACCAGCAGCGGCGGCGACGGGGCAGGAUCGGAUGUGGCCACCGGGGCCGCGAUGUCCUACUCUUACUCCUACUCGUACGGCGGUUCGUCGGCUUCGAGGCGGCGACGCCUCCUCGCCGGAUCCUACUCGUACUCGUACUCGGCCGAAACUGCGACGGGCGCGGACCAAACGGUAGAGUUUGCGGAGCAGACAUUUGGCCUCUGCGCCGGAAACGUCGAGGGCCAGCUCGAGAUCGUAGGCGGGAGGCAAAUCGUGGACUUGGGCCGCCGCAUCGACUGGCGAGAGUUCCAUCACUUCUGUCUCACGUAUGACGGGCCCAGUCGAGGCGGGAACUCGGAUCUUACUUUCUACUUCGACGGCGACAAGCAGUGGGCCGCCGAGAACGUGCUCCUGGACACUGCGCCGGAAGGGACGGCCAUGCGCCUCGGCACCGACGCCACGUACGAACGCCCGCUCAGCGGCGCCCUCGACGAGGUCUACAUCUACGCGAGCGCCCUGGACGCGUCGGCCGUCGCCGUCCUCUACGACGACGUGACGGCGGCGCCGACGGUGACGGUCGCGCCGACCGGCGACUUCUUCGAGGGCUCGCUGGUGGCGUACUAUCCGUUCGACGACCUCCUGAGGGACGCCGCCGGCGCGCACCACGCCUGGCUCCUCGGCGAGUCGCCGGCCGCGGCCGUCCAGCCGAUCGGCAAGGACCGCGGCGGCGCGCUACUCGUCGGCGACGCCGGCUUCCUCGAGCUGCCGGCGGCUGUUACGGAGGACAUCGGCCGCGACUACGACCGCACUAUCUGUGUACUGGCACGCAUCGAUUCGUGGGCCGGGGGCUACCUGUUCGAGUACGGCGGGGCCGACGAGGCCUGCGACGGGGAGGGCUGGUACCGGUGCCUCGCCGACGGGUCGAUCCGGGCGGGCGUCGGCUGCACGUCGUGCGACGACUGCGUGGCGACGUACAACUACACGGCGUACCUCGCCUGGUCCGAGACUACAUCCAUCCGCUGCAACCUCGCCACGGAAACGUUCACGCGCCGCGACGCCGCGGGCGUGGUCCUUGAGGAAGGCAAGAUGAGUGCGUGCCAGUACAUUCCGUGCGGCGCGUCGUUCUACUCGUACUCCUACUCUUACUCGUACGCGCCGGCGCGCCGGCGGCUCGACGGUUCUGCGAGCGGCUACUUCAUGGACGACACGAUGAUUAGAACGGCCGUCACUGCGUGGUUCGACGACGCGGCGGUCGCCGAGGCGAUGUACGGCCACAUCUCGACGUGGGAGACAUCAGGGGUGACGGACAUGUCGGAGUUGUUUUGUAGAUGGUGCGAUUCAGCUCAGGAAGCUGUUUCGUCCUUCAACGAAGACAUCGGUGCGUGGGACACCUCCGGCGUCACGACGAUGGUGAGAAUGUUCUAUGGCGCCGAGGACUUUAAUCGACCGAUCGGCGAUUGGAGCGUUGGGGCCGUUACUGAUAUGCAGGGGAUGUUCGAGUACGCCUUGUCGUUUGACCAACCGAUCGGCGCCUGGAGCGUUGGCAAUGUCAAGAAUCUGAUCGGAGUCUUCUUCCAAGCCUCGGCCUUUAACCAAGACAUUGGUAAUUGGGCAGUUCACAGCGUCACGGAUAUGACCAUGAUGUUCUGCGAAGCCUCGGCCUUCAACCAGGACAUCAGUGGUUGGGCAAUCAACGGCGUCACGAGCAUAGGCAGCAUGUUCAGCGGCGCCUCGGCCUUCGACCAGGACCUCAGCUGGUGCGUGGACGACGAUGUGUACCUGGAUAGCGCGUUCGACGACAGCGCGAUGAAUGGGCUAGCGGGACCCCCCUGCGCGUCGACGUCGUGCGGCGUCACGCAAGGCGGCUGCCCCAUGCCCGCGCCGACAUGGCAGCCGACGCCGCGUCCGACAGCCACAGGCGCGACGCGAGCGCCGACGACCGCCGCGCCGACGACGUCCUCGCCGACAUACGGCUACAACGAGGCGCUAAAGCAGCAUUUCGGCCUGCGCGCCGGGACCAAGGACGGCGUCCUGGAGAUCGUCGCCGGCGGCUACCGCGUCGCCGUGCCCCUCGGGGCCGGCUCCGACUGGCACCACUACUGCCUGACCUACGACGGGCCGUCGCGCGGGGGGAAGGGGAACCUCACCCUGUACUUCGACGGUCAGACCGCGUGGCAGAGGAGCCGCGUGGUGCUUGACACGGGGGAGGGGGACGCGAACGCGCUGCGCUUUGGCGCGGACGCCGCGGGGGCGGCGACCCUCGCGGGCGCCGUGGACGAGAUCUACGUCUACUCGACGGCUCUGACCGCGCCGCAAAUCGGGCUCCUCUUCGACGACAUCACCUGGCCGCCGACGGCCGUGCCGAGCUCGGUGCCCACCGUGCCGCCGAGCCCGGCGCCGUCGCAGCUGCCGAGCCCGGCGCCGUCGUCGCUACCGUCGCUCGUGCCGACAAUUUCGCCUGCGCCGACGACGCACGAGUACGAGUACGACCUCGUGGCCUACUACCCGAUGACGCACGGCAAGCUGGACGACGCGCACACGUCGAGAUACCACGGCAAGGCAUGGAGGCCCGAUCAACCUAACGUUCCGAACUCCAUGAUGGUUGCCGCGGAGCUGCGGCAGACCGAGGCGCGCGACGGCCCCGCGGGCGACGCGGUGGCGCUCAACAACAGCAAGUACAUCGAGCUGCCCAGGAACGUGACGAAGCACAUCUCCGGAGACCGGCCGCGGACCAUCUGCCUCUGGGCGCGGAUCGACAAGUGGACGAACGACGCCCGGAUCUUCGAGUACGGCAGAAAGGCGCCCCAGGGAGAGCUGUUCGGCCUGCGCACCUGGAACACCCCGGGCUCGUUCGCGAUCCUCGCGCAGCACCCGAAGGGGGCGUACACCAACGUCACGGUCAACCUCACGGACACCGACCGCCUUGUCGCGCAGGGGGCGAGCCCUAGGCCGACGGGGGGCUCAGCCUACGACGGCAGUUAUUCGUACAGCUACGCGGACUCGUCGAGCGCGGAGAGCCCCUCCUACGGCGGCAGCUAUUCCUACAGCUAUGUCUAUUCGUACAGCUACGCGAACUCUCGACGCGAUCGCCGCCUCACGUUCGACAGCGACAGCGGCUCUCCGCCAUGGCAUCGGCUCUGGGAGAAGACGUGGCACCACUACUGCGUGACGUACGCCGCGGUCCCGAAAGAGAAAGACCGGCCGAGGAACGUGACCUUUUACGUGGACGGCGUCGCGGAGGAUACCUGGAAAGCGACCGUCAACACGAGCCUCGGCUCGCCGCUGUACAUCGGCGCGGACGUCCAGGGCUCCAAAACGCUAGAUGGCGCCGUGGACGAGGUGUACGUCUACGAGGACGCGCUGGACGCCUGGCAGGUCGGCGUGCUCUACGGCAUCAUCAGCCCGCCGCCGUCGGCCGUGCCCACGGCCCUUCCGACGUCCGUGCCCACGGGGCCUCCGACGCCUCUGCCGAGCCCAGCGCCGACGCCGCUGCCGAGCCCGGCGCCGUCGCCGGUGCCAACCCCGGCGCCGACAAUUUCGCCUGCGCCGACGACGCACGAGUACGAGUACGACCUCGUGGCCUACUACCCGAUGACGCACGGCAAGCUGGACGACGCGCACACGUCGAGAUACCACGGCAAGGCAUGGAGGCCCGAUCAACCUAACGUUCCGAACUCCAUGAUGGUUGCCGCGGAGCUGCGGCAGACCGAGGCGCGCGACGGCCCCGCGGGCGACGCGGUGGCGCUCAACAACAGCAAGUACAUCGAGCUGCCCAGGAACGUGACGAAGCACAUCUCCGGAGACCGGCCGCGGACCAUCUGCCUCUGGGCGCGGAUCGACAAGUGGACGAACGACGCCCGGAUCUUCGAGUACGGCAGAAAGGCGCCCCAGGGAGAGCUGUUCGGCCUGCGCACCUGGAACACCCCGGGCUCGUUCGCGAUCCUCGCGCAGCACCCGAAGGGGGCGUACACCAACGUCACGGUCAACCUCACGGACACCAACCGCCUUGUCGCGCAGGGGCCGUCGCCGGGACCGACGAUGGGCUCAGUCUACGACGGCAGCUAUUCGUACAGCUACGCGGACUCGUCGAGCGCGAAGAGCCCCUCCUACGGCGGCAGCUAUUCCUACAGCUACGCGAACUCUCGACGCGAUCGCCGCCUCACGUUCGACAGCGACAGCGGCUCUCCGCCAUGGCAUCGGCUCUGGGAGAAGACGUGGCACCACUACUGCGUGACGUACGCCGCGGUCCCGAAAGAGAAAGGCCGGCCGAGAAACGUGACCUUUUACGUGGACGGCGUCGCGGAGGAUACCUGGAAAGCGACCGUCAACACGAGCCUCGGCUCGCCGCUGUACAUCGGCGCGGACGUCCAGGGCUCCAAAACGCUAGAUGGCGCCGUGGACGAGGUGUACGUCUACGAGGACGCGCUGGACGCCUGGCAGGUCGGCGUGCUCUACGGCAUCAUCAGCCCGCCGCCGUCGGCCGUGCCCACGGCCCUUCCGACGUCCGUGCCCACGGGGCCUCCGACGCCUCUGCCCAGCCCACAGCCGACGAACGUGCCUACCGGUAUUCCGACGACCGCGCGGCCGACCGCCCUUCCGUCGAUCGCGCCGACCGUCUCGCCUGCGCCGACGAGCCACUGGUUCCAGGGAAGCCUCAUCGCCUACUACGAUUUUGCCGACGGGACGACGCAUGACAUCUAUCAGGGUUGGGACGGCACGCCCGAGACCAUGGCCACGACCGAGGGCCGAGACGGUGGAUCGGCGAUCGCCCUGGACCACGGAGCUGCCGUCACGCUGCCCCCAGAGGCGACGCAGGACGUGCUCGGCGACGCCGACCGGACUGUGUGUUUGUGGGCGCGUAUCGACGAGUGGAAAGGUGGGUGCUUGUUCUACUACGGCGGCGACGGUUCGCAGGGGACCAGCAACCCGUGCGACUCGUGCAGUGCGUGUUACAUUACCGGGUCGUGCGCAUCCAACGACGAAACUCAAAAGGAUGAGUGCGGCACUUGUUCCUCCCAAAGUGAGUGCUUAGCUGGCGGCGGCUUGUGGUGCGGCGCAGGAUCGGAUGCGGCCACCGGGGGCGCGAUAUCCUACUCUUACUCCUACUCGUACGGCGGUUCGUCGGCGUCGAGGCAGCGACGCCUCCUCGCCGGAUCCUACUCGUACUCGUACUCGGCCGAAACUGCCACCAACCCGUGCGACUCGUGCAGUGCGUGUUACAUUACCGGGUCGUGCGCAUCCAACGACGAAACUCAAAAGGAUGAGUGCGGCACUUGUACCAGCCAAAGUGAGUGCUUAGCUGGCGGCGGCUUGUGGUGCGGCGCAGACGAGGUAGAGUUUGCGGAGCAGACAUUUGGCCUCUGCGCCGGAAACGUCGAGGGCCAGCUCGAGAUCGUAGGCGGGAGGCAAAUCGUGGACCUGGGGCGCCGCAUCGACUGGCGAGAGUUCCAUCACUUCUGUCUCACGUAUGACGGGCCCAGUCGAGGCGGCGACUCGGAUCUUACUUUCUACUUCGACGGCGACAAGCAGUGGGCCGCCGAGAACGUGCUCCUGGACACUGCGCCGGAAGGGACGGCCAUGCGCCUCGGCAGCGACGCCACGUACGAACGCCCGCUCAGCGGCGCCCUCGACGAGGCCUACAUCUACGCGAGCGCGCUGGACGCGUCGGCCAUUGAGGUGCUCUACGGCAGCGUGAGCGCGGCGCCGACGGUCACGCCUGUGCCGACGAGCCACUGGUUCGAGGGCACGCUCGUGGCGUACUAUCCGUUCGUCGACGGGGCGACGCAAGACGCCUAUAACAGCUGGAAUGGCAUGCCCUCGACCAUGGCCGCGACCGAGGGCCGGGACGGUGGAUCGGCGAUCGUGCUGGACGCGGAACGCCGGGACUCCGUCACUUUGCCACCGGAAGCGACGCAGGACGUGCUCGGCGACGCCGACCGGACUGUGUGUUUGUGGGCGCGUAUCGACGAGUGGAAAGGUGGGUGCUUGUUCUACUACGGCGGCGACGGUUCGCAGGUUACCAGCAGCGGCGGCGACGGCGCAAGCUGCUGCACGUAUUGCUACGGUUGCGAAUUCGCCAACUGCAAUGGCGCCACGACGUUGGAGGAGGUCGCAUCACAGGGGUGCUGCCCGGAGAAUUUCGUGCUGCGCUACUCCAUCCAAUCCUAUGGCGAGGACCGGUCCAAGUAUGACUGCGUCGCGUUCAUCGAGGAGGCGAACUGCGACGGCACCUGGGUGACCGAUUACUGCGCACGGGGGGCUGAGGACGCCACCGGGGCCGCGAUGUCCUACUCUUACUCCUACUCGUACGGCGGUUCGUCGGCUUCGAGGCGGCGACGCCGCCUCGCCGGAUCCUACUCGUACUCGUACUCGGCCGAAGCUGCGACGGAAGCGCACCACGCGGUAGAGUUUGCGGAGCAGACAUUUGGCCUCUGCGCCGGAACUGUCGAGGGCCAGCUCGAGAUCGUAGGCGGGAGGCAAAUCGUGGACCUGGGCCGCCGCAUCGACUGGCGAGAGUUCCAUCACUUCUGUCUCACGUAUGACGGGCCCAGUCGAGGCGGCAACUCGGAUCUUACUUUCUACUUCGACGGCGACAAGCAGUGGGCCGCCGAGAACGUGCUCCUGGACACUGCGCCGGAAGGGACGGCCAUGCGCCUAGGCACCGACGCCACGUACAAUCGCCCGCUCAGCGGUUCCCUCGACGAGGUCUACAUCUACGCGAGCGCUUUGGACGCGUCGGCCGUCGCCGUCCUCUACGACGACGUGACGGCGGCGCCGACGGUGACGGACGCGCCGACCGGCGACUUCUUCGAGGGCUCGCUGGUGGCCUACUAUCCGUUCGACGACGGCCUGAGGGACGCCGCCGGCGCGCACCACGCCUGGCUCCUCGGCGAGUCGCCGGCCGCGGCCGUCCAGCCGGUCGGCAAGGACCGCGGCGGCGCGCUACUCGUCGGCGACGCCGGCUUCCUCGAGCUGCCGGCGGCUGUUACGGAGGACAUCGGCCGCGACUACGACCGCACUAUCUGUGUACUGGCACGCGUAGAUUCGUGGGCCGGGGGCUACCUGUUCGAGUACGGCGGGGCCGACGAGGCCUGCGACGGGGAGGGCUGGUACCGGUGCCUCGCCGACGGGUCGAUCCGGGCGGGCGUCGGCUGCACGUCGUGCGACGACUGCGUGGCGACGUACAACUUCACGGCGUACCACGCCUGGUCCGAGACUACAUCCAUCCGCUGCAGCCUCGCCACGGAAACGUACACGCUCCGCGACGCCGCGGGCGCUCUUAUUGAGGAAAAGAAAUUGAGCCACGGCGCGUGCCACUACAUUACGUGCGGCGCGUCGUCCUACUCGUACUCGUACUCGGACUCGAGCGCGGCGGCGCGCCGGCGGCUCGACGGUUCUGCGAGCGGCUACUUCAUGGACGACACGAUGAUUAGAACGGCCGUCACUGCGUGGUUCGACGACGCGGCGGUCGCCGAGGCGAUGUACGGCCACAUCUCGACGUGGGAGACAUCAGGGGUGACGGACAUGUCGUAUUUGUUUUGCGGAGGUACAGCAAAUGCUUGCAACACUGCCGCGGCGUCCUUCAACGAGGACAUCGGCGCUUGGGACACCUCCGGCGUCACAAUGAUGGAUUACAUGUUCUACUCCGCCUCGGCCUUCGACCAGGACCUCGGCUGGUGCCUGGACGACGACGUGAACCCGUACAGAGCGUUCGAAAACACCCAGUGCGAGUCGACGUCGUGCGGUAUUCUUCCAGCAGCUGCUCUGACGUGCGGCGGCGGCCCGAUGAGCGACGUUGGCAUCCGAUUGGCAGUCGCCGCGUGGCUCUCGGACGCGACGGCCGCCGAGGCGACGUACGGCCACAUCUCGACGUGGGAGACUGGAGGCGUGACGGACAUGGAGGAGCUGUUCGAAGAUGCCUCGUCCUUCAACGAGGACAUCGGCGCGUGGGACACCUCCGGCGUCACAACGAUGUACAGGAUGUUCUACAUUGCCGCGGCCUUUAAUCAAGACAUCGGCGCAUGGGACACCUCCGGCGUCACAACGAUGUACUCCAUGUUCGGCUACGCCUCGGCCUUUAACCAGGACAUCGGCGCGUGGGACACCUCCGGCGUCACAAGGAUGUACGCCAUGUUCAGCAGCGCCUCGGCCUUCGACCAGGACCUCGGCUGGUGCGUGGACGACGGCGUGGACCUGGACUACGCGUUCGGCAACACCCAGUGCGAGUCGACGUCGUGCGGCGUCACGCAAGGCAACUGUCCGACGCCUGCGCCGACAUCGAAGACAACGCCAGCGCCGACAACCGCCGCUCCGACGACCGCCGCGCCGACGACGUCGUCGCCGACAUACGGCUACAACGAGGCGCUAAAGCAGCAUUUCGGCCUGCGCGCCGGGACCAAGGACGGCGUGCUGGAGAUCGUCGCCGGCGGCUACCGCGUCGCCGUGCCCCUCGGGGCCGGCUCCGACUGGCACCACUACUGCCUGACCUACGACGGGCCGUCGCGCGGGGGGAAGGGGAACCUCACCCUGUACUUCGACGGUCAGACCGCGUGGCAGAGGAGCCGCGUGGUGCUCGAAACGGGGGACGCGAACGCGCUGCGCUUCGGCGCGGACGCCGCGGGGGCGGCGACCCUCUCGGGCGCCGUGGACGAGAUCUACGUCUACUCGACGGCUCUGACCGCGCCGCAAAUCGGGCUCCUCUUCGACGACAUCACCUGGCCGCCGACGGCCGUGCCGAGCUCGGUGCCCACCGUGCCGCCGAGCCCGGCGCCGUCGCCGCUACCUUCGUCGACGCCGACGACCGUCCCGACGACGCUGCCGACCGGCGUCCCGUCUUCUGCUCCGACGGCCGCGCCGACGCCGCUGCCAAGUCCGGCGCCGUCCCCGUUGCCGUCUUCGACGCCGACGGCCGCACCGACGCCGCUGCCAAGUCCGGCGCCGUCCCCGUUGCCGAGCCCGGCGCCGUCGCCGCUACCCUCGUCGACGCCGACGACCGUCCCGACGACGCUGCCGACCGCUCUGCCGUCUUCUGCUCCGACGGCCGCGCCGACGUUGCCGCCAAGUCCGGCGCCGUCCCCGUUGCCGUCUUCGACGCCGACGGCCGCGCCGACGUCGCUGCCAAGUCCGGGGCCGUCCCCGUUGCCGUCUUCGAUGCCGACGGCCGCGCCGUCGCAACUACCCACGGGCGCGCCAACGUAUCUUCCGAGCUCCCAGCCGACGCCGCUGCCGUCCUCGCUACCCAGCGGCGCGCCGACGCCGCUUCCAAGCCCGGCGCCGUCGCCGGUGCCGACCCCGGCGCCGACGAUCACGCCUGCGCCGACGACGCACGAGUACGAGUACGACCUCGUGGCGUACUAUCCGAUGACGCACGGCAAGCUGGACGACGCGCACACGUCGAGAUACCACGGCAAGGCAUGGAGGCCCGAUCAACCUAACGUUCCGAAUUCCACGAUGGUUGCCGCGGAGCUGCGGCAGACCGAGGCGCGCGACGGCCCCGCGGGCGACGCGGUGGCGCUCAACAACAGCAAGUACAUCGAGCUGCCCAAGAACGUGACGAAGCCCAUCUCCGGAGACCAGCCGCGGUCCAUCUGCCUCUGGGCGCGGAUCGACGAGUGGGAGAACGACGCCCGGAUCUUCGAGUACGGCAGAAAGGCGCCCCAGGGAGAGCUGUUCGGCCUGCGCAUAUACAACACCCCGGGCUCGUUCGCGAUCCUCGAGCAGCACACGAAGGGGGCGUACACCAACGUCACGGUCAACCUCACGGACACCAACCGCCUUGUCGCGCAGGGGCCGUCGCCGGGACCGACGCUUGCCCCGUCGCCCGCGCCGACGCCGGUACCGACCUCGUCGUUCGCGCCGACGUCGGUACCGACCUCGGUGCCGAGCUACGCGCCAACGUCUCCUGAUCCCACGGCGGUGCCGAGCUCCGAGCCAACGUAUUUUCCCACGGCGGUGCCGAGCUCCGCGCCAACGUAUUUUCCCACGGCGGUACCGAGCUCCGCGCCAACGUCUCUUCCCACGGCGGUGCCGAGCUACGCGCCAACGUCUCCUGAUCCCACGGCGGUGCCGAGCACCGCGCCAACGUAUUUUCCCACGGCGGUGCCGAGCUCCGCGCCAACGUAUCUUCCCACGACGGUACCGAGCUCCGCGCCAACGUCUCUUCCCACGGCCGUACCGAGCACCGCGCCAACUCCCACGCUUGCGAGCCCGGACUCGUCGAGCGCGAAGAGCUACUCCUACGGCGUCAGCUAUUCGUACGGCCACGCGGACUCCAUGACGCUGGAUCCGACCGGCGUGCCGUCUUCUGCUCCGACGGCCGCACCAACAUCUCUUCCCACGGCGGUACCGACUCCCACGCUUGCGAGCCCGGACUCGUCGAGCGCGAAGAGCUACUCCUACGGCGUCAGCUAUUCGUACGGCCACGCGGACUCCAUGACGCUGGAUCCGACUUCGUCGCCAACGUCUCUCCCCUCCUCGCUCCCCACGGCUUCGCCUUCGGCACCAAGCGGUUACGCCAUGGACGACACCAGCAUCCGCACGGCCGUCGCCGCGUGGCUCUCGGACGCGGCGGCCGCCGAGGCGACCUACGGGCACAUCUCCACUUGGGACACAUCGGGGGUGACGGACAUGUCGGAGUUGUUCGAAGACGCCUCGGGCUUCAACGACGACAUUGGCCCGUGGGAUACCUCAGGCGUUACGUCGAUGGUAGAGAUGUUCCAGGACGCGUCCUCCUUCAAUCAAGACAUUGGCGGCUGGAACGUUGAAGCCGUUGUUGAUAUGGAGGAGGUAUUCCAGAAUGCUGCCUUGGACCAGGACCUCGGCUGGUGCGUGAACGACGAAGUCCACUUGCUCGACGCGUUCGACGGCACCUUGUGCGCGUCGACGUCGUGCGGUAUUCUGCCAGCAGCUGCUCUGAAGUGCGGCGGCGGCCCGAUGAGCGACGUUGGCAUCCGAUUGGCAGUCGCCGCGUGGCUCUCGGACGCGACGGCCGCCGAGGCGACCUACGGGCACAUCUCCACUUGGGACACAUCAGGGGUGACGGACAUGUCGGAGUUGUUCGAAGACGCCUCGGGCUUCAACGACGACAUUGGCCCGUGGGAUACCUCAGGCGUUACGUCGAUGGUAGAGAUGUUCCAGGACGCGUCCUCCUUCAAUCAAGACAUUGGCGGCUGGAACGUUGAAGCCGUUGUUGAUAUGGAGGAGGCAUUCCAGAAUUCUGCCUUGGACCAGGACCUCGACUGGUGCGUGGCCGACGUCGUCAACUUGCGCGACGCGUUCGACGGCACCCCGUGCGAUUCGACGUCGUGCGGCGUCUACUACUCGGCCGCACUAAGGUGUGGAGGCACUCCAAUGAGCGACGUCAGUAUCCGCGCGGCCGUUAGUGCAUGGGUCUCAGAUGCGACCGCCGCCGAGGCGGCGUACGGCCAUAUUUCCACGUGGGAGACCGGCGGGGUGACGGACAUGUCGGAAUUGUUUUGCGUAUCAGAUUAUUGCGAUUACCGCAACGGUGGCGCCUCUUCCUUCAACGACGACAUCAGCGCGUGGAAUACAACCAGCGUCACGACGAUGGUGGCGAUGUUCUGGGAAGCCUCGUCGUUCGACCAAGCGAUCAGCGGCUGGCGGGUCAACAAGGUCACGGAUAUGGGGUUGAUGUUUCGCGACGCUUCGUCCUUCAAUAACAACAUCGGCGCGUGGAAAACCUCCUUGGUUACGAAUAUGGGGGAUAUGUUUCAAUCCGCUGCGGCGUUCAACCAACCGAUUGGUGACUGGAGCGUUGGAGCCGUUACGAACAUGAAGGAUAUGUUCGAAGAGGCCUCAAACUUCAACCAAGAUAUUAGUGGCUGGAGCGUUGAGAGUGUCGAGGAUAUGGAGCAGAUGUUCUGGGGCGCAUCGGCCUUCGACCAAGACCUCGGUUGGUGCGUCGACGACGACGUGAGCCUGGAGAAAGCGUUCGAGGACGCUCCUUGCGAGUUGACGUCGUGUGGCGUCAAUUGGGCAGCUGCAGUGAGUUGCGGUGGCAGCGGCCCCGGGAAGCUUGACGACAGCACCAUCAGAACGGCCGUAACGGCGUGGCUCUGGAACCUGGUGGCCGCCGAGGCGGCGUACGGCCAUAUUUCUACGUGGGAGACUGGCGGGGUGACGGACAUGCAGGAGUUGUUUUGCGUAUCAGAUUAUUGCGAGUACCGCAACGGUGGCGCCUCUUCCUUCAACGACGACAUCAGCGCGUGGAAUACAACCAGCGUCACGACGAUGCGGUCGAUGUUCCGAGAGGCCUCGGCGUUCGACCAACCGAUCGGCGGCUGGCGGGUCAACAAGGUCAGGGACAUGGAGAAGAUGUUCCGCGACGCUUCGUCCUUCAACAACAGCAUCGGCGCGUGGGAAACCUCCUUGGUUACGAAUAUGAUGGAUAUGUUCGAAUUCGCCGCGGCGUUCAACCAACCGAUUGGUGACUGGAGCGUUGGAGCCGUUACGAACAUGAGGGAUAUGUUCGAAGAGGCCUCAAACUUCAACCAAGAUAUUAGUGGCUGGAGCGUUGAGGGUGUCGAGGAUAUGGAGCAGAUGUUUUACCGCGCAUCGGCCUUCGACCAAGACCUCGGUUGGUGCGUCGACAACGACGUAAGCCUGUCGGAAGCGUUCGAGGACGCUCUUUGCGAGUCGACGUCGUGCGGCGUCACGCAAGGCAACUGUCCGACGCCCGCGCCGACGCCAGCCGCCAGUCCUUCGCUCGCGCCGACGCCGGUACCGACCUUGGUGCCGAGCUCCGCGCCAACGUCUCUUCCCACGGCGGUGCCGAGCUUCGCGCCAACUCCCACGCUUGCGAGCCCGGACUCGUCGAGCGCGAAGAGCUACUCCUACGACAGCGGCUAUUCGUACGGCCCGGCUCCGGCGCCCGCCGCCAGUCAUGAGGACUCGUCCUCGUCGAGCGCGAAGAGCUACUCCUUUUCGUACGAGAAGAGCCACUCGCACGGCGGCAGCUAUUCUUACGACCCGGACUCGUCGAGCGCGAAAAGCCCCUCCUACGGCGGCAGCUAUUCCUACAGCUAUGUCUACACGUACUGGGGAACCGGCAAUGGCUGGUGUUCCUCCGACCUCGACGAAUUGAUUGGCAGCACGUCGGAUGCCAGCGCCUGCUGGACAAUGUGCGAGAAUACGUAUGCCGACCUCGUGGCCAUCGAUUGGACUCCUGACGGGGAGUGCUGGUGCCAGGACGACUGUCAGUGCAUGGAGGACUCGUUCGACGACGACAUCCACCUCAUCACGGGCAGCUCGAUCGCGACGCUUCCCAACGAGUGCGUGUCGGCGUGUCCCGCGGAAGAGGCGGCUUUCCAAGACUGCCUCAGCAAGCAACAAAGCCUCGACGACGACUUCUUUGCCGGCGGCGACGACGACGACUUUUCGCCGAAUACCUGCGACGACGUCCAGCAACAUCUCUCGAACGGAGAGUGCGAGGGGCCCGCCGUCUGCCAAACGGAGUACCAGGCGUGGGUCGAGUGCCAUUAUGAGGACAUGGCCCAGAGAUUCCUAGGCCUCACGUGCGACUUAUCCUGCUCCGGCAACCUCGGCAGCUAUUCUUACGGCCCCUCGCACGGCGACAGCUAUUCUUACGGCCCGGCUCCGGCGCCCGCCGCCAGUCAUGAGGACUCGUCCUCGUCGAGCGCGAAGAGCUACUCCUUUUCGUACGAGAAGAGCCACUCGCACGGCGGCAGCUAUUCGUACAGCUAUGGCUCUUCGACGAACUCUCGACGCACGCGUCGUCUCACGCUCGACGGUGAAAACGGUGAAAACGCUGAAAACGGUGCCAGCGGUGGCGGCGGCACCACCGCGGUGCAGCCCAAGUGGCAUGGGCUCUGGGAGCAGACGUGGCACCACUACUGCGUGACGUACGCCGCGGUCCCGAAAGAGAAAGGCCGGUCGAGGAACGUGACCUUCUACGUGGACGGCGUCCUCGAGAAGACCUGGAAGGCGACCGUCAACACGAGCCUCGGCUCGCCGCUGUACAUCGGCGCCGACGUCCAGGGCUCCCACACGCUCCGGGGCGCCGUGGACGAGGUGUACGUCUACGAGGACGCGCUGGACGCCUGGCAGGUCGGCGUGCUCUACGGCAUCAUCAGCCCGCCGCCGACGGCCGUGCCGACCAGUCCGCCGACCGCGCUCCCGACGCCCCUGCCGAGCUCGGCGCCGUCGGCCGCGCCGACGAGCGUCCCGACGACGCCGCCGACGUCGACGCCGACGGCUCCGCCGAGUCCGGUGCCCUCGUCGCUCCCCACGGCCCCCCCGACGUCCGCGCCCACGAGCCUCCCGACGGCCGCGCCCACGGGCGCGCCCACGGGCGCGCCGACGCCCGUGCCGUCGCCGAUGCCGACGACGAGCGCGCCGUCGGUCUCGCCGUUCCCGACCGUGGCGCCGACCUACGAGACGUGGCCGCCGACCGGGCUGCCGACGUCGCCGCCGACCGGCGCGCCGACGAGCGCGCCGACGGAGCUGCCGUCGCCCGUGCCGACGACGGCCGUGCCCACGUCGCGGCCGUCGGCGCCCCCGACGGCCGCCCCGACGCCGGCGACGCCGGAGCCGACCGCGACGCCGACGACGUUCGCGCCGACGCAGCUGCUCAUCGCGGCCGCCGGCACGCUCGGCGUCGAGGCGCUGCCCGGCGCGUGCGCCGACCCGGCCUUCCUCGCGGGCUACGCCGCGGCCCUGGCCGGGGCCAUGUGCGUCCCGGGCGUCGACGUGCGGGUCGCCGACUGCGCCGCCGCGGACGGCGCCGCCGCGGAGGGCGCCGCCGCGCGGCGCCUCGAGGACGCGGCCCCGGCCACGCCCGCGCCCGCGCCCGCGCCGACGGCCCGGCCGGCGCCCGCGCCGACGACGGCCCGGCCGACGCCGGCGCCGUCGACGGCCGCGCCCGCCCCGGCGCCGACGUCGGCGGUCCCGACGACCACGCCCUCGGCCGCGCCCUCGGCCACGUUCGCGCCGACGGCCGUCGCCCGCAAGGACCUCGUCUACGAGGUGCGCCUCGCCUACGCGGACGUGGACGCGGGCUUCCAGGACCGCGGCGGCCAGGCGUUCGCCGACGAGGUCGAGGCCUGCGUCGUCAAGAGCGUCGAGGCCGGCAACUUCUCCAAGGCCCUCGCGGCGCGCGGCAUCGGCGGGCGCGUCGUCGCCGUCGGCGAGGUCCUGCUCUUCCGGACCCUCGAGCCCUCGCCGGUGCCGUCGCUCGCGCCGACGACGGCGGGCUACCGCCUCGCCGGCUUCGAGGUCGUGCCGCCCGCGGACUUCGCCGAGGCGAGCGUGAGCCUCGACGUGAAGCUCGUCGUCAAGCCGCUGCUCGUCGAGCUCGCGGCGGAGUCCGUGCCGCGCGAGGACGUGGAGGUGAAGCUGCGCGCCUACGGCGCCGCGUCGAACGCGCUCCGCUUCUACGACGAGGACCCGGCGGACCCGGGCUACGCGCUGGCGUCGGACCCGGGCAGCGCCUCGGCGACCAAGAUCAUCCCCGCGGGCACCACGACGCUCAAGGUCAUGGUCGGCGCGCUCCGGGACCGCAUCAACAACGGCGCGUCGUUCUCGCAGUCCGUGGACGUGUCCCUGGACUCGAUCGACCCGAACUACGCGUGCUGCCGCUUCCUGGAGACGUUCGGCGUGGACGUCAUCGACGUCGACGAGUCGCUCAUCAGCGCCGGAAAGUUCCUCUCGAAGAUCCCGCCCGUGACGAGCGGCAACGUGCCCCUGAAACGGGACGAGAACGCCGCCACGUACGUCUACACCCUGGCGCUCACGAGCAUGCCCUUCGCGCCGGUGCGGCUCGCCGUCCGGGGCGACGUCGACGCGUUCGAGAGCAUCGAGUUCGACGGCGUGGCGAACGCCUCGCUCACGAUCCAGCCGGAGGACUGGGCGGCGACGCGGCUGCUCUCGCUGCACGUGGCCGACGACAACGUGCUGGAGGGCAACCGGAACUACCAGGUGACCGUCGUGGCGACGUCCAACGACACGAACUACGACGGCGUGACCUCGGCGACGCUGACGAGCGUCGUGCUGGAGGACGACGUCGCCUUCGCCACCGUGAGCGGCAAGACGCUGACGGUCGGGGCCGGCGUCGACGGCCCGACGUUCAGCGACGGCUACAGCAUCACGCUGUCCGCGCCGCCGACGGCCGACGUCGUCGUGACGCUCGGCUGCGCCGACCCGUACGUCUACGUCUUCCCCCGGCAGCUCGUGUUCUCGCCGGACGACUGGGAGCCGAACCUCGUGGCCGUGAACGCGUCGCUGCGCAACGCGAGCGACACGCGGAGCCGGAUGGCCACGCUCACGCACUCCCUGUCGUCCGAGGACGCCUUCUUCGACGGCCUCGCCGUCUCCGACGUCGAGAUCGCCGUCGAGUUCUCGGCCGACAGCGUGCCGCCGCCCAAGCUGGAGCUCGUGCGGUUCCUGGACGGCGGCAACGGCGUGGACGUGCGCUUCGACAGCCCGACGAACAUGGUCGACGGCGCGUGGGACGUUGAUUGCGCCACGCUCUUCGAGUACGCGGAGCCGGCGUUCGGCCCCGGCGCGGCGUGCCAGUGGCGCAACUCGAGCGCGCUGCGCGUCACCUUCACGGCCGGCGCGGCCCUGAUCCCCUUCGACUACACGAACGCGACGGACCUCAACAGCGUGUGGCUCAAGGGCGGCGUGCUGCAGACGGACCUCGCCGGCGCGACGCUGUUCGCGGCGGCGCAGUACGCCGAGGCGCAGACGCCCCUGCACCCCGUGGCGCCGGCGAUCUCGAUCACGGCGCCGGAGAGCGUCGGCGUCUGCGACGGCGUCGUCCUCGACGCGCGCGGCGCCACGGGCGGCGGGUCCCGCGAGCUGACGUACAACUGGGGCGUGCUGACGAACUGGGACGCCGAGACCGAGGCCGACCUCACCAGCGUGGCGUCGCUCGAGGCCAAGCUCGCGGCCGCCGACGCCGCGGGCGUCGUGAACGUGGAGCUCGGCUUCGACGACCUCCUCGCGGGCCGCCCCUACGAGUUCCUCAUCGCCGCGACGAACUUCCUGGGCGUGACGACGACGGCCUACGCGACCGUCGACAAGCUCGCCUCGCCGUCGCCGGGCGUCCAGUUCCAGGGCGCGGCGACGCAGACCAUGGUCCGGUCCGACCCCAAGACGCUCAAGCUCGACGUGGCCCUGCCGAACCUGACCUGCACGGACAUGAACGUGUCGAGCGCCACGCUGGGCUUCGCCUGGCGCGCCUGGCGCCUCGAGGGCGCCGAGUGGGGCGACGCGUCGCCCGAGCUCUCGCGCGCGGCCGUGGCGGAGUACACGGCGAACCCCGUGUCCUGCCGCCUGCCCGUCGACACGCUGCGCGCGGGCGCGACCUACAUGUUCCGCGCGACCGUGGGUUUCGCGGACACGAUGACCAUCAACACCUCCGCGACGGCGACGGUCGUCGUCGGCGCGCAGGACCUCGUGGCCUCGAUCCUGGGCGGCGUCGAGCAGGCCGUGGCGAUCGGCGACGACGUGGAGCUCGACGGCUCCGAGUCUUACGACCCCGACGAGAACGAGGCCGAGGGGCCCCUCGCCUACGCGUGGACCGUCGCGCGCGUCCUGGACGACGGGAGCCGCGAGGACGCGCCGGCCCUGCUGGGCGCCGUCGACGCGACGUCCGCGAUCCUCGCCUUCGUGCCGGACACGACGGGUGGCUGGCUCGGCGACACGACCUACGAGUUCGCGCUGACCGUCUCGCGCGGCGCGCGGAGCGCGGCCUACGCCAUCCUCGUGAAGGUGUCGUCGGACCGCUUCAUGCCGCGCGCGACGGUCACGGACUUCGACGAGGGCCUCAAGUACAACCCCACGGCGGACACCUUCGCCGCGAUCUACUUCGAGGCGACGUCGCCCGACCCCGGCCGGUCCUGCUGCGACUCGGCCUGGGAGGUCGAGGGCGCCGCGGCCUGCCUGCCCGAGGACGAGGGCUGCCUGCUGGGCAAGGCCGCGGACGCGGCGUCGCCCAUGCUCGUCCAGCUCGGGGCGACGCGCGCGAACACCGUCUACCGGCUCAAGCUCACGGUCACGGACGGCAUCGGGUCCACGUCGUCGACCGUCGUCUCGCUGACGACGAACGGCCCGCCGACGUCGGGCACGCUGGCCGUGACGCCCUACCGGGGCAUGGCGCUCACGACGGAGUUCGAGUUUCUGUUGGACGGCUGGUCCGACGACGCGGACGACUACCCGCUGACCUACACGUACGGGUACCGCCAGCAGCGCCGGACGAUGCGCACGGCGAGCGGCUACAAGCCCGAGCAGCUCGUGCCCCUCGUCGCGGACCAGUACGCCUCCGCGUGGUUCGUCACGACGCUGCCGCAGGCCAAAAACGUCAACAUCUCGUGCGUCGGUCGCACCUUCGACCGCUACCUGUCCUACGCCGAAGUCCAGCAGCCGGCGCGCGUCGACGAGCUCGUCAUCUCCACGGAAGACCUCACGGAGCUCGCCGACGACUUGCUGAGCUCGUCGCUCGACACGUCCGACGGCGAGGCGUCGCUCUCGCUCAUCUCGAACGUGGCGAGCGUGCUCGGUACGACUCCCAAGUCGGUCAACGGGACCGAGGUCGAGAAGACGCCCGAGGAGCUCGCGGCGGAGACGGCGCUCAUCGACAACCUGUUCGCGGCGACGCUGAGCGCGGCGAGCCUCGUGGGCACGGGGACGUCCGCCGCGGCGACGACCCAGGUGUUGAGCACGGUGUCGACGCUGAGCGCGAACCCCGAGGCCCUCAGCGAGGACUCCCAGACGGGCGCCCUCGACCUGCUGGACAACGUCGUCGGCGGCUCGGCCGAGACCGGCAUCGACCCCGACGCCGCCGCGUCGACGGCGGCGGCCGUGUCGUCGCUGCUGGACGCGUCGCUCUUCUCCGCUCCCGCCGAGGGCGCGGGCGAGGACGCCGCGGCGAGCAAGGCGGCCCUGGGCGGCCAGAUGGCCGGCACCGUCGGCGCGCUCGCGACGGGCAUGGUCGCGAACGCCUUCGGCGGCCAGAGCUUCCCGCUGUCGACGCCGAAUUUGGAGCUGAGCGCGUCGCGGACGGACUGCGGCACGCGCGACGUCUUCGGUGGCGGGUUCGGGCUCGGCGCGGGCAAGGGCGGCGUCACGGGCAUGCCGAGCAGCGCGAUGGACGCCGCGGGCGGCGGUUCGUGUGAUGAGGCCCAGAGGCGGCGCGGACGAGCGAGGAGACGGCUCCAGGACGGCGACAUCGCCGACGUCGACGUGAAGGUCGCGCAGAUGAAGAACGUCUACGCGUCGGACGCGGACCGGACGAACUCGGACCUGGUGCAGAUCGAGAUGGGCGCUUCCGGGAAGACGGUGAAGGUCGAGGGCCUCGAGGAGCCCAUCGUCCUCGAGAUCAAGCUUGAAACUGCAGAUCCGCUGCUGACGGCGUGCGCGGCGUUCGUCGAGCGCCCCGACGGCUCGAAGGCGCCGGGUUAUUAUAGGGACGGCGACCGGUGCGUCGCCUGCGGCGAUUCGGGCAUGUGCGAGGCGACCGACGCCACGUCCAAUGGCAAUAGCACGACGAAAGAAGACAACGUGCGGCACGGGAAGUGCCUCAACUCGUCGCAGAUCUUGAAACUCGACUGCAACUCCUCGGUCGUGGAGUUCAACUGCUCGCUGCCCCAGUUCAUCGAGUUCCCGCCCGACGAGCUGCACCCCGAGGGCUCGAACCGCACGUUCUACGCGCCGAAGGUGACGGGCGAGGGCGAGCCGCUGGCCGUCACGGUGACGUGCCCCGGGCGCGUGCCCGAGUGCAAGUUCUGGGACGCGAACGUGAGUGACUGGGCCGGCGACGGUUGUACCGUGGCGAGCUACACGAAUUCGUCGAUAAUGUGCGAGUGCACGCACUUGACGGACUUUGCCGGCGCGACGGGCGACGUCGGCUCGACGGCCGGGUCCGUCGUCGAGAUGGGCCUGGCCCUGUCGCUUACCGAUUUAUUGAACUCCCUGACGGUGCUCAUCACCUUAUUAUUGGCGCUGGCUCUCUUCGCGGCGCUCUGGGCGCGCGGCGUCAUGGACGACAAGGCCGACGAGCGGGACCGGCACGCGCUGCGCGAGGCGGUCCUGCCGGGCGACACGGUCAAGAAGGAGCCGACCAAGAUAUCGCGCACCACAGAACGCGUCGCGCUCGCCGCGGCCUUUCGGACGAAGGAGCGCCGGCCGUGGCUGCUGACGCCGUCCGUCUUCAAGGCCUACGCGCGGCAGGCCAUGCCCGUCAAACGGUACGCGGCGACCGCUUUACACGGUUUCGUGACGGCGAUGCGCCGCGAGCACAAAAUAUUGCAGAUCUUCCACCUGCCGGACGGGAACUACACGCGCGCGGAGCGCGUCACGGUGCUCGCCGUGUUGAUUUUUGCGACGCUGGCGGCGAACGCGUUGUUCCUAUCCGUCGCCCCGCCCUUUACCAUUGGAGGGACGGAGGCCUCGAUUCAUAACGCCCCGCACCGACCCACGACGCACGUGGCAAAAGUGGCAUACUCGUCCAUCGCGGCCAUGUUCUCGACGUUCUUCUACUUAGGAUUUGCGUUUUUAUUUUCGAAGACGGGCGAAAAAAAUAGCGACGUGGACCACUUUUUGGGAGUAGAUCCGGGCAACCUAGCGCGGGAGAAUAGGGUAAGGGUGCGGAAGCGGCGACGUGUGCUAGAUGCGCUCGCGGCCUUGGAUCACGCGCGCGACGCCCAGAAGGCCGUCUUCCACGACCUGGCCGAGGAAUUGCAGCGGCUGCACCACUUCGCGAAGGACGGUGAUUUGGGGGAGGCUCGAGCAUUAACGUCGCAGGAGCACCACGAGUUUAGUCAGUUGUGCGUCUCGAAAAGAGCGAGCGCGGCGGAGGAGGUCAAACGGUGCGAGGGCGAAUUAAAAAGAGCGGAGCUCGCGUUUAAGAACUUCUCGAAGGAGUGUAAAGAGAGAAGGGACCGGGCCCACAAGGCGACGCUCGAACCACCUUCCACAUUGUGGCAGAAGGUCAAACACAAAGUCUUGCCGCCCAAACCGCCGCCCGUGCACUGUUUAACACUGGAUGAGCGGGCUCUGAUCGAAGCCGAGGACGAAGAAUUAAAAAAGCUGCCUAAAUUAGCAAGACUUCUGUAUCAACAGUUCGUGUCGCCGAUGAAGGACGCCGUCAAGGACCACACUUCGGCGGGCUGGUCGCCGCAUUUGAACGCACCGAUUUAUGUGCUGGCGUUGCUCGUGAUAUUGGGCUGCGCGCUGUACGUGUUUCUCUUCACGAUCCAGAUCAACAAGUGCGGCGGCUGCGAGCGGCACAACGACAUGUUCCACGAUCCUUCAACAAAGUUGCCGAGAUGGGCGAACACGACCUGGGCCAUCGACGAGAACUUGUGCCGAAAGCCAGCCGAGGACGAUCUGGCCUUCGCGCCCUGCGACCCGGAUUUGUGUCUCGAGGAGCAGCAGCGAUGCCUGGCCCUGCCCAAGAGGAAGCGGGGCGACGUGCCCUGCCCCGUGAGCUGCCCCGUCGCGCCCGAGACCUGCCCGCACACGUUGGCGCAUUACUGCGGGCCCAGCGGCGGCAAUAAAGGCAGCAUGGCCUGGCUCGAGGCGGCUUUACUGUCGAUCGUGCUCGCGCUGUUCAUCAGCAACACGAUCUCGAUCUUCAUGAGCAAGGGCGUCGUGCCGAUGUUGGCAAGGGCGGUCCUGAACAAGCAGGCCGGGCCGUCGGCGACCUUCGAGGAGGAGCGUAAACAGGAGGAGGAUUUGCAGGACGCCGACGCGGCCUACAUGGCCACGUUCCAGCCGGAGGUCAAGGAGCCGCCGACGCCCAAAAGGACCGCGCUCCAGAUGUUGAUUGAUCGCGUGGACGCGCGCGCGCGGAAGAUCCGCGUGGAGCUCGCCGAGGAGGCCGCGAGGCGCGACCCGACGAUCGACGACGUCAUCGAGGUGACUCCCUCCAAACGCGAGGUGUCGUCGGAGGAGGACGAGCCGAUCUACACGCCGGGCCGCGGCGCCAAGGCCCGAGCUAAUAGAAGACGGCUGCGUUUGGAGGCCGAGGCGCGGAAGAGAGCGUUGGAGGAGGAGCUCGCGCGGCUGCCCCCGGGCACGGACCCGUGGGUCAAGAUCGCGCCGCUCGCGUUGGGGAAUUUGAGAUUGAAUUUGGCGCCGGCGGCGCAGGCCGCGGAGGCCUGGCCCCGGCCCGACGCCUACUCGGCUUCAAGAGGAGAUAAGCGGCCGCGCGUCUGGAAGUGCCCGUGCGGCGCCAAGGUGCGCUUCGCGCUGCGCGGCGACCACCUGCGCUACGACUGCGCGUCGUUCCGCGAGAGUUUGGAGGGCGCCGCGGGCAAGUGGCUCGCGGCGCACGACCCGGCGGAGUCCGACGACGUCGUCGUCGAGUGCGCGGCCGCGGGCGAGGUGAGCCCCGGGGCCGCGCUCUGCGCGCUGGCCGUGUCGCGGCGGGACGGGCCCGACGCGGCGCACAAGAAGCUGGAGCAGCUCGACUACCGCGACGAGAUGGAGCUGGCGGCGGAGGUGACCGGCGCGGACGACCUCCUGGAGCGGUGGCGCAGCGGUCGACCACUACGGCGUCGCGUCAAGCGCUCGCGGACGACACGACGACUACUCUCGCCGACGGGCGACGACGUCCAGAAGCCGCGGGCCGAGCUGCCGCCCGUGCGCGGGGGACGCGUCCAACCCCUCUGAAGACAUGUAAUUGUUUCUUAUCAUAUACUACGCGUACGAUUGUUCAGACAGUGGGGGGGAGGAGUAUUGGGAGAGG